CCUCUCUCAGGGACUCCAACUUGUUUCAGGAAAAAGCGCCUGAACAUAUUUUUUUUUCUCUGGUAGGCUGGAAGAAACAGGACGGCCGUGUCCGUGCCAAGGAGAAGGCGUAGACUUCCUCCAAACAUUUCCUCCGCCAUCUCCGCUUUCGAGACUCAAAGUUUUGUGGAAUCUCUGUAACAAGAGGAGUAUAUAUCUGGGUUUUCCUCCUCCACCACCACCUGGUUGUUUCUUUCUUUGAAGAAGGAUUCCUGCUUUCCCUUAAACAACUCAACUUUUCUGCAUACAUGGACUGGGGAACAGAUCUGUGGGACCAGUAUGAUCACAUUGACAAGCACACGCAGUCAGGCCUCGACCUGGUGGAGCGUUACAUAAAGUUUGUGAAGGAGCGGACAGAGAUAGAGCAGAGCUAUGCCAAACAACUCAGGAGUCUAUCAAAGAAAUAUGCCAAACGAGGGAGCAAAGAUGAGCAAGACUGCAAAUUCAGCAACCACGCAUCAUUCCAGGAGAUCCUGAAUGAGCUGAACGAUUACGCUGGCCAGCGGGAGCUCAUUGCUGAAAACAUGAUGACCGGCAUCUGUGUGGAACUCACCAAGUACCUUCAGGAUCUCAAACAGGAACGCAAAACACACCUAUCUGAUGCCAAGAAGGCCCAGCAGAAUUUAGAGAGCAGCUUUAAACAACUAGAAAGUACUAAGAAGCGCUUUGCCAAGGAGUGGGCGGAGGCUGAAAAAGCCACACAACAAGCAGAAAAAACAGAGAACGACCUCAAUGCCACCAAGCUCGAUGUCGAGAAAGCCAAGCAUCAUGCCCUUUCCCGUACACACACAGCGGAGGAGUGCAGGAGCGACUAUGCUGCACAGCUCCAGAAAUACAACAAGGAACAGAACUUCUUCUACUACACAGAGAUACCGCAGAUCUUCAAUAAAAUGCAGGACAUGGAUGAGCGGAGGAUUCGGCGACUGGCCGAAGGCUACUGUCAGUUUUCAGACAUCGAGAAGAAGGUGCUGCCCAUCAUCUCCAAAUGUUUAGAGGGAAUCUCUUCAGCAGGAGUGAAAAUCAAUGAGAAACAGGACUCGAUACUGUUCAUAGAGCAGCACAAGUCUGGUUUUGAGCGACCUACAGAUGUGGAGUUUGAAGACUACAGCCAAGGAAUCAAACCAGCAACCUCUGACUCCAGCCUCAACCCCCCAAAAGUGCGCGCCAAGCUCUGGCCUUUCAGCAAGAAGCACAAGAUAUCGCAUGCUGAAAAGCAAAUGCUGCCUCCUGCAGAAGAUUUCUCUCACCUUCCUCCGGAGCAGAGGAAGAAGAGACUGCAGGGGAAGAUUGACGACAUCACCAAAGAGCUGCAGAAGGCACAGGACCAAAGUGAAGCACUGGAGAAGAUGAAGGGUGUGUACGAGCAGAAUCCGCAGAUGGGUGACCCCAACAGUCUGGAGCCUCAGAUCACAGAAACUGCCCAGAACAUUGGUCGCCUGAGGGGGGAGCUCACCAAAUAUGAGACGUGGCUGUCAGAAGCGGUGGGAGGAGAAGAAUCUUCCAACGCCAUCAACAAUAAUACUCAACAUGGUGUCGUAGCAGCCGACCAGUCUCAGAACAUCUACACAGAGUUUGAAGACGAGUUUGACGACGUAGAAACUCCUGUUGGCCAGUGCACGGCUCUGUACACCUUUGAAGGCAACAGUGAGGGCACAAUUUCCAUUUCAGAGGGAGAGCUGCUGAGUGUAAUGGAGGAGGAUAAGGGAGAUGGAUGGAUGAGAGUCCUUAGAGCCAGUGGAGAAGAGGGCUAUAUACCUUCAUCCUAUGUCAAACUUGCCCCGUAACACUCACUCACACACACACACACACACACACACUACACACACACACACACACACACACACACACACACACAAAGCUUGUGAUGGAAAGCAAGUUAGGAGCCAAAGGUGAAUACAAAGUCAUCCGCGAUAAUUGGAGCUGUUCUCUACAUCUUUUAUCUCAGCCAGUGACGUGUAUAGUGAGAUGAAAGGGAGUGAUUAGAAAGCUUGUUAUCGAGGCUGAUUGCAAUAUCAUACAGUCCCUGUCCCUGCUUGUUGCGGAGGGAGAGGCUGUCUCUAAAUGCAGACUGUCUCAUUUUUAUAUAGAUUUCAGCUCUUUUAAAUAUAAAUUUUAUGAAUGUAUACCUGAACCUUACCUGUCACAGCGUUAAGUGACGAUUUAUGUAACAUAUUCAGCAUCAUAGUAGCCUGAACGCUACGUUUCCUUAUGUUCAUAUAUAUCCAUUCACUUGACUUUCCCACUGCCAUAAUAACCUGCUGAGUCUUUUCUUUUUGGCCCUCUGCUAAAAGCUUUUUCCCGACAGAAUAAUGUGAGUUUUUUUAUCAUAGUGAUGUGAUGUUGUAUGAAUUAUAACUGGAUGAAAACCACUACUCUAUAGAGAGUGCACAAAACACAAUGUCUCUCAGUGGACUGUCAUGAUAAAGGAGAGGUUCACAUUUUUAUUGUUUGUCUUAAACAAUAAUGAGGUGCACAUAUGAAUAUUGACCUGGGUUUUGCACGCUGUAAUCUUGUUCAUACUGUCCCUGAAGAGAUCCCUUUAUAAUGUGCUUCUAAUGUUAGUGAUGGGGGAUAAUUUCCUCAGUCCUCAUUCUGGGUAAAAAUGCUCUCAAGUUUUUCUGAAACUAAUAUGAGGCUAGGGGUAGGCAACCUACCACAGAUCCGUUGCUGUAUCCGGCUCUUUAGCCUCUCUCCAGUGGCCCCCUGUGGCUUUGAAAAAACUUUUUUUUUUUUUCGUUCAUCACUGUUGUAGGUCUAUAGUAAUUUUUACAUUCUCCAGUUUUAAAGUUCUAUAGCCUGUACACUGAAUUUAAAAAAAAAGUAUAGCAUUUUAUCCACUAAAAUGUGGGUCAUACAUCGGCCUGGCACCUUUUUCUCCAAAUUUUGCCAACCCUCAGUAGGGGUGGCUAGCUAGAUAGACUAGCUAUGGCCUCCAAAUCCGAAAAAGAAAAAGUCGCUGAGGAAAACGGAGAAUUUAAUCACACAGGGACAGAUUUGUUUGCUUUCUCCGCCAAUGCUGUAAAGUUAAAGUACCACCUAAUCAUAAAUGGCCCCCUGCAGAGUAGCCACCUUGAGGUAAAACAUAUAAAUGAAUGCUCAUUUAGACCUGCAGCAACCUCUGGAGCUGAAAAAUGAAGACAACGUGUCAAAGUGCCAAAAACUGCAGUUCCUUGAGGUUGACUCCAAGGGCGAGUAAAUCCCCCCGAAAAACUGCCAUGUUAAAAUGCCCAACUUUACAGCAGAAAUAAACAUGUUCACAACCUGGUAUAAAAUGCAAUUUUGCUCUCUUUCGCUAAUUUCCCCGUUUUUGACAACUGUACUGAGGGUGAAGUUUUUUAUAACUCACCUGUUUGCAUCUUCUGAAGGCUUAAAGUUACGCAAAAUUAAGGAUGUGGCUGCUUUGAGCAACAGGCUGUCUGCAAGAUGUCACCCCAGUCUAUGAGUCAGAUCUUCCGCUAGCUCCGCCACAGCUCAAACCGAGAUGGCGACGGCCAAAAUGACGAACUCCAGGCUUCAAACCCUGAGUUCACAACCCAAUGGAUGACAGUGGCUACAAUCAUUUUAUUUAGUCUAUGAUUUAGACCUUUUAGUAAUGUUGAUAGGCUAAUUAAGACUUAAUAAGCUGUGUUGCCUUCAUAAUAAGCCUCAAAUAUGUUUCACGGCUAGACAGAUUUUUUGUGGGGGGCAAAACUCUUUUGACAGUAAAGGUUGCCACCCCUUAACAGGACUAAUCACAUGAUAACCUUUUUUUUUUUUUCCUUUUUUUUUAAAAAAAUACAAAAUAUUUCGUCUUUGAGUUACAGGAAAAGAUGCACAUUCAUACUAAAAAGACUAAAACUGGAAGAUAUGAGCUGUUGAUUUUGUCCCUUACUACCUACCUUAGAAGUGCUUUAGUAAGCGUUAUUUUAAUGGCCAAUAUGAGCUCAAAGAAUAAUUACAGCAAGCAGAAACUGCUUUAAUGUCCACAUGUGCACGUGAGUAUUGUUUCAAGAAGAAAUGUGAACCUAAUCUGUUAAUACUAAAGUGACAUUUCAAAGGAAACUUGCUUUCCAAUGUUGUUUUGUGACUUUAAGUCAUGUUGGGUAAAAACCAAAGGUAAGGCACAGUGGCAAUACUGAACAAAGUUAAAGUAAAAAAAUACAGCAGUUAUAAUUUUAUCAUUCAAGACACAAAUACUGUGUGAAGUGCCUGCAUUUGAGGUUGCUGCUUCACAGAUCACAACAUAGCACUGACAUCAUAAAACUAACAAUAAUAUGCGCAACUCAAAAGUGAAUAACAAGCAAUUAUUAUUUUUUCAUCUUCACUUUCAUAUUCCAACUUUGCACAAAAGUGGCAGAGCGGUUUCAACUCUGGUCUUUAACUGGUUCUUUGAUGGUUUUUAUAUUUCUCAUACUUGUAUACCGGUUUGUUUUACGCAGUUUAACCACCUGUUUUCAUUUUUUGAGCCCCCAGCUCUCUGAAUCUCACUCUUAUAGGCCUUCUCAAAUCCUAUGAAACAAUUGUUACCAUUAUUCUGAAUUGAAAUCCAGAUGACCUGUUCGACCAAAUUUCCAAAGAACUAAUGACAUCAGGAUUCAAAGGGAGGAAAUGGGAGUUUUAAGAUUCAGCCCCUCACUGGAUCACUGCCAAGUAGUGGACAGGAAAAAAAAGAUUAAGCACUUUUAAAAUCUGCUAGGAGUGUUUAAAGACACACUACAGACACACAAAAACUCUCACUCAAAAGAAGUUUUGUCAGUCAAAUAAGUAGUUAAAAAUUCUUGAAAUUACCAGGGUUCCCACAGUCAUCAAAUUCCCAGGAAAUUUAUAAAAUUAGAAAACUUUCUCAGGUCCGGAAAUGGUUUUGAAUCAACAGAUUGUUUGUUUUUGUUUUUUUUUUUUAAAAAAAAAAAAGCUUUAGCUAUUAUUUUAAAUAUGUUCAUAAAAAUCCCCAAACAUGUCUCACAUUAUACAAAAUAUGUUCCUUGAAUAUUAAUUUAAAAUCCAAUGCUGCAGUGCGUGAAAUGUCACUAGUAUCUCCCCAAUACACACAGACCAACAUUGUGUCAUCAUCAAGGCCGUGGCCCCUAUUGUUGGAAAGAAAACAUGCUGUCACAUGAUCAGUGAAACAGGAAAUGCUGAGAAAUGGUCGUGUGGCAGGUCAACCAAGGCUUUCACACUGAGAUUUGAGGCCAUAAGAUGAGUGGAUAUUCACUGUCAGUGUGGUAAAUCGUUAAAUUAUGCCAAUGACAGUUACUACUGAUGGAUAGCUAACAUUAGCUUGAGUGGGAGGCUGCCACAGUACAUCAGCAUCAGACUUUCGUUUCCAACUAAAUCUCAGUCUAGAUCAAACAGACAACACUUAGCUUUACGAUACCUGGUGAUUCAGUCAAAUAUGAUUGGGACAUAGGUGUGCAGAUAAGUACUAUCUGGCUGUGGUUUUUGUGUCACUGAUCCACUUGAAUGGAGGAAGACUAAAGGAACAUGUUGGCCUUAAUUUAUGAAGGUAUGAUGGAAGUUCAGGUUCAGGCAAGGCCGCAAAACAGUUAUUAGACAAGUCCGUUAAAAAAACUGGUUGUUUUACAAGUAACAAAUGCAACUCGUCAAAUUUAUAAUCUAAACACACUUCAUGUUGCAUUUACAUCUAUAUACAGGAUCUUCAGUUUUCUGUCCCCCCCCCCAAAAGGGGUGUGGCCUUGGAGUUACCCGUAUGUGACGGUCUGGUCUAUUCGCACAUGCAGCUAGAUGGCAGCACGAAUAUCUAACGAGGGAGUUAGGUCGGCAAAUGCUAACUGAGCUAACUCUGCUGAGUGGCUGAUAAGUGUGUUUAAUUAUGUGUGGCUGUGUCGCUACAUGUAUAUAGGCUUGUCCUCCAUAUUUUAUAACUAUUUAAAUAACGUCAUGGAAAUGGCGUAAAAUUUUAUGGAAAAAGUUUUCAACGAAUGUGUGGGAACCCUAAAUUACUUCUUCUCCCAUCACACUAAUUGGACAAUUGUUUUUACGUGUUUUAACCUCAGAUUAAAGGAGAGUGCAGAGAAAUUUCUGCACAAACAUCAUUCUGCACCUUCCAAGAGAAGCAACAAUAGGCAAAACACAUAUUUGAGUGCAUGGGGACUUUAAAAAUAUUUAAUUGUGCCACAUAAGGUUUACCAUCUCUUUCUGUACCACUCUGUCCUGCACUAGUUUUCUCCACAUUUAAGGGGUUUUAUUGUAUGAUCCAGUUUUAAAAAGAAAAGUAUGUAUUUACGUGUAUUGUUUGAGUCAUAAAGUAUAAAGAAAAAAAA